CAAAUUUCAACUCAAAGUCGAGGGUUCUCUUCUCUCCCGACUACCUGCGCCGCUCGUUCUCUCGUUCUACAACCACAGACGGCAGUCUUGCUUUACACCUUGCCGUCGCUUUCGUUCUUCACCGUCGCCUCCGCAGCAGUCGUGCUCUUCAAGCCUACAAGUUCCAGGAAGCUCUCUUUCCUUCUCGUCAAGAAUUAUUGAAAGUAGUUUGAAACUUGGUAUGAUAAAAGAUGUCGCGAAAAGGUUUGAUGGAGCAAGACUUGAGCAAAUUGGAUGUGACAAAAUUACAUCCACUUUCUCCUGAAGUUAUAUCUCGCCAAGCAACUAUAAAUAUAGGCACCAUAGGUCAUGUGGCACAUGGGAAGUCAACAGUUGUGAAAGCAAUUUCUGGUGUUCAGACUGUUCGUUUUAAGAAUGAGUUGGAGCGCAACAUUACAAUUAAGCUUGGAUAUGCAAAUGCUAAGAUAUACAAGUGUGAAGAUGAACGGUGUCCCCGUCCUAUGUGCUACAAGGCAUAUGGAAGUGGAAAGGAAGAUAAUCCCAUGUGUGAUGUACCUGGAUUUGAAAAUUGUAAAAUGAAAUUGCUGAGACACGUCUCUUUUGUUGAUUGCCCGGGUCAUGAUAUUCUCAUGGCUACGAUGCUUAAUGGAGCAGCAAUUAUGGAUGGUGCGUUACUUCUCAUAGCUGCAAAUGAAAGCUGUCCCCAACCACAGACUUCUGAGCAUCUUGCUGCUGUUGAAAUUAUGCGUCUUCAGCAUAUCAUAAUUCUUCAAAAUAAAGUUGAUCUAAUUCAAGAAAAUGUAGCCAUCAACCAACAUGAGGCUAUCCAGAAAUUUAUUCAGGGAACUGUUGCUGAUGGUGCCCCAGUUGUACCGAUUUCUGCUCAGCUUAAGUACAAUAUAGAUGUUGUGUGCGAGUACAUUGUGAAAAAGAUUCCCAUUCCAGAGAGGAACUUCAUCUCACCACCUAAUAUGAUUGUCAUUCGCUCUUUUGACGUCAAUAAGCCUGGAUUUGAGGUUGAUGAGAUAAAAGGUGGUGUGGCUGGUGGAAGCAUCCUAAGGGGUGUUUUGAAGGUGAAUCAAUUUAUUGAAGUACGUCCUGGGAUUGUUGUUAAAGAUGAGACUGGGAAUAUCAAGUGCACACCAAUAUACACGAGAAUAGUUUCGCUGUAUGCUGAACAGAAUGAGCUACAGUUUGCUGUGCCUGGAGGUCUUAUUGGUGUUGGCACAACCAUGGACCCUACUUUAACUCGUGCUGAUCGGUUAGUGGGUCAGGUUCUUGGAGAUGUUGGGUCACUCCCUGAAGUUUUUGUUGAACUCGAGGUGAAUUUCUUUCUUCUUCGACGACUUAUUGGUGUUAGGACAAAGGGCUCAGAGAAGCAAGGAAAGGUCUCGAAGUUGGCAAAGGCAGAGAUUCUUAUGCUGAACAUAGGGUCUAUGUCGACUGGUGCUCGUGUUAUUGCUGUAAAGAAUGAUUUGGCAAAGCUGCAAUUGACAUCUCCUGUGUGCACUAGCAAGGGAGAGAAGAUUGCACUCAGCCGACGAGUUGAAAAGCAUUGGCGUCUAAUUGGGUGGGGCAUGAUUCAAGCUGGAACAACCCUUGAUGUUCCACCAUGCCCCCUAUAAGUGUGGAUAUUAAAAAAACAAGAAGAGCAGAGGAGAGAAUUAAGGUAAAGAACUACUUGGAGCAACAUUUGUCUAGUGGAUAACAGUAUAUUUUCUCACUGAUAUCUUAUUGUUUGGCAUUGAUUUAUUUUUUGUUUUUAACCUGAGUUUUGAACAUGAGUGACGUUGAUGACUGCAGCAGUCUCUUAGUUAAUUUGAUACUAAAAAUUUAGUUGAAAGAACUUUUGAAUGAAUUGAAUGCCUACUGUUGUCGAGUCUUUUCUCUUUUA